UAUGCUCAUUCUCUUAAACCCUUUUCUUCAUUGUGUUUUCGCUUACUUUUCUUCCUCUCAACACACACAUCAAAAAGACAUCAAAGGCAUAAUCUCAUCCUCUUCGUUUUGCUUCGUCAGUGUUCUAUAUAUAUAAAAUGGGGGGUACCUCACCUUGUGCUUCUUGCAAGUUGCUGAGACGUCGUUGCUCCAAGGAAUGCAUCUUUGCUCCUUAUUUUCCUUCUGAUGACCCUCGCAAGUUUGCCAUUGUGCAUAAGGUCUUCGGUGCUAGCAAUGUCAGCAAAAUGCUGCAGGAACUUGGUGUUCAUCAAAGAGCAGAUGCUGUGAGCAGUUUAGUUUACGAGGCAAACGCAAGAGUGAGAGAUCCAGUGUAUGGAUGUGUUGGAGCCAUAUCAUACCUACAAAACCAGGUUUCACAGUUGCAAAUGCAACUUGCAGUGGCUCAAGCUGAGAUUCUAUGCAUUCAGAUGCAGCAACAAGAACCUACCAUCACCACACAAGUAGACCAAGAUCAAAAAUCACUGCUUCUCUCUGUAAACAAUAACUAUGAAACUCUUCCUCACUAUCUUAACUUUCCUUCAUCUUCUUCCUCCUCUUCAAAUGUCUUCCAUGACCCUCAUGAGCCUCUCAAGAGAGAGUCUUUUUGGGCUUGAAUUUACCAAUGUGAAAUGGAUUUUAACUGUUACAAAAUCUUUUCUUUCAA